CCGCCCGCCGCACCGCCCCCCGGCAGCGCUCAGCCCGCAGCGGUUUGACUUCCCUCUGCCGGCCUCUCCAGUCCUCUAGAUACGACCGCUCGCUGCCUCUGCUCUCCUCUCCUCGGGUGUUUGCAAUACCACGUUUGCUCUACUCCUCUCUCCUUUAUCCAUAGUCACCCUGCUUGCAUUUUUUUUCCAUUCCUCUUAUUAUUAUUUUUUUUUUUUUUGAGGGAAAGCAUCUUCUUGACAUUAUAUGACUCGUCUUCUUUAAUCUCGUCCGUGUCAGCACCGAAGACUGACAGGGAACCUUCACCACUACUCCAACCCUGCUGGCACUUUAAAAAAAACACAUCAGAAUUCUGAAAAAUAAAGAACAAGAAAAAAAUAAAAUAAAACAAAAGUCUUAAGAGGCAAAGGAGCGGGACUCGACCCAGGACUGUCUGCACUAGCCAUCCGAACUCCUAAUUCAUCUCAUCCAACUGAACGGGAGGGCGACGAGAGCCAGCAGCAAACUUCGGCGGUCUCUGCGGAUCUAUGAUCCCCGCAUUUGAAGGGGUCUAGUGCCAGCAGGCGGAGGACCCCACCAAGAGGAGGAGUCCCGCGUCUCUCUCGCUUCUCCCACCAAGCCUGAACCCUAGCCUGAACCACGCGGGACACAGGAGGCAGAAGAGGGUAGUAGAAAAUGCGGGGCUCCGGGCCCCGCGGUGCGGGACGCCGACGGACCCAGGGCAGAGGUGGCGGCGGCGACACCUCCCGCGUCCCCGUCUCCCUGGCAGGCUGCUAUUCCGCACCUCUCAAGGCCCCCCUCUGGACAUGCCUUCUCUUGUGUGCGGCGCUCCGGACCCUUCUGGCCAGCCCCAGCAACGAAGUGAAUUUAUUGGAUUCACGCACUGUCAUGGGGGACCUUGGAUGGAUUGCUUUUCCAAAAAAUGGGUGGGAGGAGAUUGGUGAAGUGGACGAAAACUAUGCCCCUAUCCACACAUACCAAGUAUGCAGAGUCAUGGAACAGAAUCAGAAUAAUUGGCUGUUGACAAGUUGGAUCUCCAAUGAAGGUGCUUCCAGAAUCUUUAUUGAACUCAAGUUUACUCUAAGGGAUUGCAACAGCCUUCCCGGAGGACUGGGAACUUGUAAGGAGACAUUUAACAUGUAUUAUUUUGAAUCGAAUGACGAGAAUGGGAGAAAUAUUAAAGAGAACCAGUACAUCAAGAUUGAUACCAUUGCUGCUGAUGAGAGCUUCACAGAACUUGAUCUCGGCGACCGUGUCAUGAAACUGAACACGGAGGUCAGAGAUGUGGGACCUCUGAGCAAAAAGGGAUUUUAUCUUGCUUUCCAAGAUGUUGGUGCUUGCAUAGCUCUGGUGUCCGUGCGGGUAUACUAUAAAAAAUGUCCUUCUGUGGUAAGACACUUGGCUAUCUUCCCUGACACAAUCACUGGAGCGGAUUCUUCACAGUUGUUAGAGGUGUCAGGCUCCUGUGUCAACCAUUCUGUGACAGAUGAUCCUCCCAAAAUGCACUGCAGUGCUGAAGGGGAGUGGCUGGUUCCCAUCGGGAAAUGCAUGUGCAAAGCUGGAUAUGAAGAGAAAAAUGGCACCUGUCAAGUGUGCAGACCUGGGUUCUUCAAAGCUUCUCCUCACAGCCAGAGCUGCAGCAAAUGUCCACCUCACAGUUACACCCAUGAGGAAGCUUCCACCUCUUGUGUCUGUGAAAAGGAUUAUUUCAGGAAGGAAACUGAUCCGCCCACAAUGGCAUGCACAAGACCGCCCUCAGCUCCUCGGAAUGCCAUCUCAAAUGUUAAUGAAACUAGUGUCUUUCUGGAGUGGAUUCCGCCUGCUGACACUGGUGGACGGAAAGAUGUGUCAUAUUAUAUUGCAUGCAAGAAGUGCAACUCCCACGCAGGUGUGUGUGAGGGGUGUGGCGUUCAUGUCAGGUACCUCCCCCAGCAGAUCGGCCUGAAAAAUACCUCUGUCAUGAUGGUGGACCUACUUGCUCACACAAACUAUACCUUUGAGAUUGAGGCAGUGAACGGAGUUUCCGACUUGAGCCCAGGCACCCGGCAGUUUGUGUCUGUAAAUGUAACCACGAAUCAAGCAGCCCCCUCUCCAGUCACCAACGUGAAAAGGGGAAAGAUUGCAAAGAACAGCAUCUCUUUGUCUUGGCAAGAGCCAGAUCGCCCCAACGGAAUCAUCUUGGAGUAUGAAAUCAAGUACUUUGAAAAGGACCAAGAAUCCAGCUACACAAUCAUCAAGUCUAAAGAGACCGCUAUCACUGCAGAGGGCCUGAAACCUGCGUCUGUGUAUGUCUUCCAAAUUCGAGCACGUACAGCAGCAGGCUACGGUGUCUUCAGUCGAAGAUUUGAGUUUGAAACCACACCAGUGUCAGUAGCAGCAUCCAGUGAUCAAAGCCAGAUUCCCAUCAUCGCAGUGUCAGUGACAGUGGGAGUCAUCUUGCUGGCAGUGAUGAUCGGCUUCCUCCUCAGCGGCAGCUGCUGCGAAUGUGGCUGUGGGAGGGCUUCUUCCCUGUGCGCUGUUGCCCAUCCAAGCCUAAUAUGGUCAGUGUUUCCUCCCACUUCCCUCCUAUGUGAUGUCCACCUCUGCGUACUCCUUCCAACAUCUUUGCUUUCUUCAUCUGUGUACAUCUUAACUUUGAGGAGAGUAGACGGACCAUAUCCCCAAAGGAGAAUCUUCCUAAGCAAACCCGUGAUGAUAGUGACAGAGUAUAUGGAGAAUGGCUCCCUAGACACAUUUCUAAAGAAAAACGAUGGGCAGUUCACUGUGAUUCAGCUUGUUGGCAUGCUGAGAGGCAUCGCUGCAGGGAUGAAGUACCUCUCUGACAUGGGCUACGUGCAUAGAGAUCUUGCUGCUAGAAACAUCUUAAUCAACAGUAACCUUGUGUGCAAAGUGUCUGACUUUGGACUUUCUAGGGUACUGGAAGAUGAUCCUGAGGCAGCCUACACCACCAGGGGAGGCAAAAUUCCAAUCAGAUGGACUGCCCCAGAAGCAAUCGCUUUUCGGAAAUUCACCUCUGCCAGUGAUGUCUGGAGCUAUGGAAUUGUAAUGUGGGAAGUUGUGUCUUACGGUGAGAGACCCUACUGGGAGAUGACCAAUCAGGAUGUGAUCAAAGCAGUGGAAGAAGGCUACCGUCUGCCAAGCCCCAUGGAUUGCCCUGCUGCUCUUUAUCAAUUAAUGCUGGAUUGCUGGCAGAAAGACAGAAACAGCAGGCCCAAGUUUGAUGAAAUAGUCAACAUGCUGGACAAGCUGAUACGAAACCCAAGUAGUUUGAAGACACUGGUUAAUGCAUCAAGCAGAGUCUCGACUUUGUUGGCAGAACAUGGCUCUCUGGGGUCUGGAGCCUACAGAUCGGUAGGUGAAUGGCUGGAAGCAAUCAAGAUGGGUCGGUACACAGAGAUCUUCAUGGAAAACGGAUACAGUUCAAUGGACGCUGUGGCUCAGGUGACCUUGGAGGAUUUGAAGCGCCUGGGAGUGACUCUGGUUGGUCACCAGAAGAAGAUCAUGAGCAGCCUUCAAGAGCUGAAGGUGCAGCUGGUCAAUGGAAUGGUGCCAGUGUGACCUCUGCAUGUGUCACUUCCUCAAGGGAACAACUCUGCACUUUGUAAACAGCCCUGAGAAUUAUUUUAACAAACAUAGGGGAAAAGGGAAAAGCAUAAUUUCUAUGCCUUUGGUGGCAUUUGUCUCAACCAUUGAAUAUAUAAUCAAUAUCUUACUAAAACCUCCGUAUCUUCUUCCUAAUGUCUUCAUUUUUCAUGAAGUAAAUGUAAUCUUCAAAGAGCGAAAACAUCCUAUAAUAAAAUAGUAACUAAAACCUCCUUCACAACUUGUACAGUAUCUUGUACACGGAAUAUAUCAAGGUACAGCACCUUUAUAGACUGUUAAGGCAGCCCCUUUCA